AUGCCGGACCUUGCCUCCCGAGUCAAGCAGAUUGGCUUGACUCAGGUCUACUGCUCCAAGGAGAAGCCUUUGGUUGAUAUUGUUUUUGUACAUGGACUUAACGGGCAUCCUUAUAAUACCUGGGCCACCCAGUCACCCGACGUCUUCUGGCCAGCCGACCUUCUGCCUGAAGUAUUGGAGCCUAGCCGAGUGCGGAUCUUAACAUAUGGAUAUAACGCGAACGUGACAGCUUUCACCGACGGAGCGUCGAGGGAUCGCAUUCACCAUCAUGCAGAGACACUUGCCUCGGGCCUUGCGGCGAAUCGAAAUCUUCGAGGUUGCUCGGAGCGGCCGAUCAUCUUCGUCUGCCACUCACUAGGAGGCUUGGUGCUCAAACGUACUUUGAUCUACUGCAAAAACGUCUCGGAUGAGAAGAUCCAACACCUUCGGUCGAUCUAUGUCUCCACGUACGGGAUUCUCUUUCUCGGAACGCCUCAUAACGGGUCGGAUAUGGCAAAAUGGGGGCUGUUGCUGCAAAAUAUCUGCAGCGCUGUUCUGCCAAAGAAAUACAUGGAAUCAUCCUCACAGCUUGUCAAAGCCUUGAGAACGAACAACGAGACGCUCCAGAAUAUCAACAGUCUUUUUGCGAAUAUGACGACGAGAUUUCAUAUCUACUUCUUCCAUGAGACCCUUUCAACCGAUGUCAAGGGGACUCGUGAGUUAAUCGUGGACGAGAGCUCUGCCGCACCGUAUAUAGACGGCGUAGAGCGCAUGGGCAUUGAAGCAGAUCAUCGACAUAUGUGUAAAUUCCAGGACGAUAAUGCGCCGGGAUAUGAGGCAGUCGCAGAAGCGCUUCUACGAUACUCCCGUGAUGCUCCAGCUACUAUCCUGGACCGAUGGGCUGAGGAGGAUCAAACUCGAAGAGCGGCAACACAAUCCAAACUCAAGGAUCUUCUUAGGGGUGGGCCAGACAAUAUGUCGCACUUAGAAAGGAGUGAGCCGGAUCUGCGCAGAAUUGGUAGGACACACCUUCUCCCUGAACAUACUCCGUCUUCCGUUACUAUGAAGGAUUAUGAGAUAGAGGAGCCUCCGGAGCAGUCCCCUGCAUCAGACAUGGCUACCAGCGUAACUCUUCCACUCUCCCGCUCUUUGCAAAGAGAGCUAUUCGUGGUACCACCAGGAUUCCACCCAAAUGCAACCUUUUUUGGAAUGCAGAAAGAGCUUGAAAUUCUGCAUUCUAGACUAUACAAGGCAAAGAAGCGACCGGAGCGCCUGAUGGCUGUUCUUAUCUGCGGAGUUCCUGGUUCAGGAAAGUCACACCUCGCACGCCAAUAUGUCUGGACCCAACGUAAAAGCUACCCUGGUGGCAUCUUCUGGGUUGAUGCAAAGUCGCGCGAAUCUACAGCCAAGUGUUUCUGGGAUAUUGCACAAGCUGCUAUGUUGACCGAAGGCCAAGAUUUUCAGCAACCACACUCCAAGUACGGCCAGCAGCAUGUAGAGGCAGUCCGAAACUGGCUACAGGAGCGAGAAGAAUGGCUUUUAAUAUUUGAUGGGGUCUCGUUCGAUCACGAGGAUGACCUCAAUCAUUUCAGACAGUUCCUCCCAUUCAACAAGAAUUGCAGUAUCAUCUACACAUCGGUGGACAAGACACUGCGGAAGAAGCAGCGUUUAUAUGAGCCAUACUGCCUUCAGAUCAGCCCUCUCCUGAUUGAAGAUGCAUGUAAGCUUCUUUUCAACGACCUCGGUAUCCGGAAACCAACCCGGAGCCAAAUUCGCAAAGCUACUGAACUGGUGACUCACUACGAAUGUCUCCCUUUGGCCAUCCACGCAAUUAGUCACCGUCUUAGCGCUACCUCCAAAUCUAUUGAUAGAUACCAUGUCAACUCUCAUUUGACAGACGAAAAACUCGCAGAGCCCUUCCUGAGCAUUAUGCAUGAUCUAUUUCGGAUGGAACACUUCGAAGCCUUGAAUUUGAUCAACCUCUUGUCAUUCUUUGGCCAUCAUGUCCCCGUUGGGUUGAUUAACCUGGGAAAGGCUGCAUUGGAGACAUGGAAUGUUGAAAUACUGACCGGGAGUAGACCUGGUGAGCAGAGGGAUAUUGACACUACUCUGGGAGUUCUUAUCCGGUACGGGCUCAUCGAGAGAACCAACGAUGCAUAUGCGCUAUCAGCGAUGGCGCUAUCUCCACGAUCUGAAAAGGAUGCGAUUCUAGACAUGAAGGCAGUUGCCCCCGACUUAUCUGAGUCGCAAACAGAAAGCAGCCAAGAUGCAUUCUUCUCCGUCUAUCAGAAUUCUGGCUCUAUUGACCUGAUUAAAAUCCAUAGCGUUGUUCAAGGCUUCUGUCGAGAUGAGCUAAAAAUUAUGGAUGAGGAACGGAAAAAGUCCUUUGCUGCUAAUGCGACCAACUCAGAUGCUGGCUACUAUGAGUCCUGGCUUGUGGUUGCUACCCGCGUCUUUUGCCUGUCUUAUGAGAAUGCAAAAAGACGGAUGGACCGCGUCGAUGAUUAUGGUCUGGUCAAAGACUAUCGGGAAUACGAAACACACGCGUCCAGGCUGUUUGGUAAUUUCCCCAAGAAAACCUCGAAGGAGCCAAAGAUAGUCCGUGAAGCUCGAGAUGACCUCGGACAAGUGAUGAGGAGUAUCGGUACUGAGAUAGAGAGGAUCUCACCAAGUUCUUCGCAGGAAAUCGUUCGCAAACAGCGAUCGGUUUUUGACCGUUCAAGUAGCUCUUCGUCCUCUGUACCAGACUCUGCAAUAGAUGAAGGACCCUCACGGCACCUGACUUGGGAAUUUAGUGAUAUGGUGGAGCCAAAGGUUGAGUCGCCGCAAGAGAUGCCGCCGUCACCACCCCAUUUCAACUUGAAACCAUUCCUUCCCCACAUCUUCCGAUGGUCCAACAUUGAUGACGAGAACGGAUACGAGACUGACGGUGAAGGGUUACACGCUGUCCAUCGAACCUCCCCAGUGCUAUCGAAUCUCAGUCAGGCAACAGAGAGACCAAAGUCCUCCCAAUCCUCCAGUCCUGGACAUAACACAGACGACCAGGAAUGGCAUGUAGUAGAGAAGUCUCCCAGGCUUAAAGCAAGCAGGGAGAGGCGUUCGAAACAGAGGCUAAAAUUAUCACGUAACGCUUGGGGUGGUAAACCUGCUGCUCCUCUCCUCAGGGUAUUUCCGGUCGAGGGUAGAAGCGCAUCGAGUAGUAUUCUGGAAAAAGGAAGUCGGAGCAGCUCGAUUGUGUCUGCAUCCGAAGCACUGAUUGCUGUCCAUAAUGCAAGCCCGCCAUUUUCUCUCGACAAGAUCGGAAAGGCAGCGAACGACAGGCUUGUAUUGGGUAAGGAAAACGUACCAACGUAUGCUACAGUGGCUGCCCGGCACGCACAGGCCUCUUCAAAACAGCGGUCAUCAUCGACACCUGGUGGACGAACACGUCCCAAACUUUUGAGAUUGAAAAGUAAAUCGUCCGGUGAUUCACUGCAAAGCCGAUCGAGCAAUGCACAGGCACUACCGUUACCCCCUGAGUUUAAUGCAGACACAAUGAGCCGAUCAACUUACAGUGAACCAGACCAAGGAUAUCUUAAUCACCAAUUGAAUGCCUUGGACCUGAGGACAACACAUGAUUCACAGUACCGUUCUCGCCACCUGCCUACCGUACGGCCGAUAGCACCCAUGAACAUGUCUGCAAGCACUCCUUCAGUUCUGACCUACGUCCCUCCCCUGCCGUAUGAAAGUAAUAUCGAGGUUACUUAUUCUCGUCGGGUGAGCGCGGCCACCCAAGCCGUGCCUAUGAGUCAGCCAGUCUCUAGCUUUAGCCCAAUAAUGCAUCCGUCUGCUAUCAUGCCCGGUGCAUCUCCACCAUCUGCAAUCGCAGAGGCUCCUACUGGGUAUGCAUCCGAUCCAGCACCCGAGCCAAUGUCGCGAGGCGGGUCAGCACAAUCCCAUCAAUCUUGGGCUACAGAGCCCGUCCGCUACCCACCCAGGCUCUCUCAGAUGCCGUCAAAUGCGCAGACCGCAAUGCCAACUGGAAUGUCUCAUAUCCUGCCACAGCAACAAACUCUGUCCCACGCGGGAGGCUGGAUACGAGAUGCUCAUGCACAAGUAACUGCGAGCACGAUCCAAGCAGACACCACCGGUGCUCCGCCAACGCAAGCAAACUUGAGACCGUUCGCACCGUUGGAUGACCGUCUUGCUGUAGGUACCGGUUGGGACUAUGAGCCAUCACAAACCUUGCACUUUGGCGCUCAUAGAGUAGAUGUACGCGACACUCGCCAAAGGCUUGGGUACGGGGUCUAUGGGGCUCAAGCGGUGCCGCAGGUUCUACCAUAUAAUCUCUACCACGCGAAUCGAUCAGGCCCCCUGGUUCCUCAAGAGAUCGGCCUACAUCCACAAGAGCUGCACGGGAUGCGUGCUCGAAGUGGUAGUUCCCCUACUCGCCCCGGACCCGACGGGCUAGGGGUGAACUGGUGA